GUUUCUUUUUUUCUAGAGUCGCGCAGACUUUGUUUAUCAACAAAGCCCACUUGUCUUCCGUAUAGCUAUAGAUAAUUGCUGCCAUCAGCUGAAGGACACUCGAGGAGUAGUUGUCUAGCUACAUACAGCAAGCUGCAUCUGCCCGGCCGGAAAUCAAGACAGCAGCAGCAGCAGCUGGCGGCGCUGGUGGUUGUAUUUGUGGCAGGAGAGUGAGUGUGAGAGAGAGAGUCCCAUGGUCAAAACACACUCUUUAUUAUGAAGCGUGCCGGGCAUGGGCGAGGUCCCACGUUUAGUCAAGUCCGGUGAGAAACCAACGACAAAACGAUUCGACGUCGUAAAUUUGCCCCGUUUGUGUCAGAGUGAAGGAGUUUGUUGUUUUGUGAAAGGGGAUUUCUCUUUAUAUACAACCCGGUGACGUAAAUCUUGUGUUUACAGUUACGAGAAAGGGUCGCUCGCUUGGAGUUUUUAGACUAAAACGACGGAUGUUUCCGUUGAAGGAAUGCUCGUCAUCUGUGUUACUGAGCGCAGGAUAGCGCAUCACUGUUUGUGAGCCAGAAAAAGAGCUCUCACUCACGUAGCAACAACAAACAACAACUCAGGUGAUGUGUCAACGCGGGUGAUUUCAGCUUAUAGGAAAACAGUGAAGUAAAUUAAAGAAAAAAAAGUGACAUGUUCAAUUAACCGCCAUUCGAGUGACUUGCUGUGGAAACGGUUGGAAACGCAGCGCGUCAACAAACCGCCCGGAUACGAUAAGGCGUGAUAAAAGGCAGAAAGACACGAGCAAGGAGAAUGCAGUAAAGAAUAAAUAAAGGAGAAGCCUACAAGAUGGAAGACACAAUUAACGCCGAGUUUUUAACUCCACUCCAGGCCCUACUGUGGAAGCGGCAACGCGAUCUCUUCAAUGCCAGGGUGCUACAUUUCCUCCUGUGGACAAUGAACGAGAAGGAGUCACAUGAGGUUGAGACAGAAGAUCCCCGCCCCAAUAAAGGUGAUCAUGAAUCAGAGGUACAGCAGGAGCAUGGACAGACUGAGUUGCGCACAAAUUCAUCCACUGAUCGAGCGGAUGAAACCAAAGGACUUGACGAUGAAAGAUUACAUCCUAUGUUACCUAUAUACAUACCAAAUCAGCUGGGAACAGAAGGACCAAAGGAACCGGGAGGAUAUGUUCGGAGGCCUGGAUUCAGAAGCAAGUCCGGUAUUGGGCCUCCUCCACGCCCAUUCAAGAAGGCAAGAUAUGCUUGGGAAAUAAAGAAUUACGAACACACUUUAAAUAAUAUGACUCAGAAUUUAGGUGAGUGCUCAACUGAUCUUCAUGAUGAGAGCCAAGAUUCACAGUCUAGUGAUGUGAAUAGUGAAGGCAGUCAAGAAGAUGGCGUUUUAGACCAUCGAGAAGGUUUAUUGCCUGGUACUUUAGAAAGAGCAGCUUUUAUGGAUCCCAGAGCGCGCCCACGACCGGAUUUAAUGCCACCCAUCAUGCCAGCACCAUAUCCCACAACAUAUGGUAUGAUGACUGCACCCCCUCCUCCAGAUAGUGGUUUGCGCCCAAGUGACUGUAUGAAGGAGGGUCAGCAAGUUCCUCCAGACCCUGAUGCUGGUAUAUUGAGAUGGCAUACAAGACAGUUGUGUCGAAGUAUAUUUGAUAACACUGUUAACCGAAUGUUAGAAAACAUGGGGUUCUCUCCAGUCACAGAAAGAAGUCAAGGGAUCCAUCCCUUGUUAGUCUUAAGUUUAAGUGACGAUGAAGAGCGCGAGGCAGAUGAGGCCCAGCAACGUGCAUUAGAAAAUGAGGCACUGACUGCAGCUAUGCACCACAAAGGACUUUUUCUGCCUCCUUAUCAUUACGACGCUUUAGAAAGUGGUGGAACCACCACCGACUAUGAUUCUUCAGAUGAUGACAGUGACCUUGGGGAAGAUCCAGUUCCUGAUGAUCUGUCUCAUGAAACUCACUUGCACAUGACACACAUGAUCAGCAGACCCUUGCCGCGAGUACCUGUCAUUCCCACAAUGCCAGCUAUGCCGGCUACUCCCACUGAACCUGUUGCUCCCCCAUGCCCCCAACCUGUUUCCCCUCACCUGAUUCCGCCCCAACGGCCUCAAGAGCCAGACUGUGAUGAGCAUGCCUGUGAUGCUGCGGUACCUAGGAAAGAUAUAAAUUCUGAAGAGGAAGAAUCUGUUCUAGACAACAAUAAAAACUCUGUAGUUGGGGACCAGAAUGGCUGUAUGACUGAGGAUACUGAAAGUAGAGGUUCUGCUGAGAGACAAGUAGUGGAUACUCCUAAUAACAAAACUGAAAACGAAAACAACAACGACAAAUAUUUUGUAGACCAAGCCAUUGAAAUGGCUAUCAAGCAACAGGGCUUGGGUUACCAACAAGCGUGAUGAUGUCCCCACAGUCUCUAGUUAGCUUGAUCAAUUUGCAUUUCUCUGUUUCUGCCAUCCCUUCCUGUGAGUGUUGCCGAAUGUGUGAAUAUUAGACUAGAUUUUUUGCCGAACAUUGAGAUUGUCGUUACUAUGUUUGCUGUCAUCUGCCAUAAUAUCAUGACGAUUUAAGAGAGACUUAAAGAAAAAUCUUUGCUAAUGAAAGUCCAUAGGUGAUGAAGGGACAUGGAGCUCUAAUGGUAUUUUCCUAGUCUUUUCAGUCAAAGUAUGUUUAUAUUUUCAGAGCAUGAUACUCAUUACUUUAGGGUUUAUUUAUAGAAUUCUGAAUGUCAAAUUAUAUGUGGCUUUUGUAGUGAUCAAGUUAAACUUAAACUUUUGAAGCUGGCCUUUUUUGCCUUUUAAUAUUUUCUUGGUUUGGAAAAUUUAAACUGGUUGAUAAAAUCACAAUUUAAUUUUUGGUAAUGAGAAAAUUGUUACAUGGCAUCAAACGGUAGGUGAAAUUAAACUUAACUUGACCGCUAUAGAAGACAUUAUUUCCAAUCUGACUUUGUUUUGUAUGAUAUUUGGGAACAAAGUCUCAAAAUAUUUUAUUGAAGAUUGAUAGUUUAAAGAUUAUUGAAGCUUUAAUACUUGCAGACUAUGUUAGGUUGUAGCAAAAUGUUCAAAAUUUAUUGUGCAUUUUGUUUUUCACAAGCUGAUCUUUGUUCACUGAAGUUGAUUGGCUUACAGUACAUUCAUUUCAAUGAAUUAUCAAGACUUGCUUCAACCUGAUGUAAGAUCUCAUGUUUCAUAUACUUUUGACACUAAAAAUAUCUCAGAUUGCUGUGAAAGAGUUCCUUAGUUUUAAGACCAAAUCAGAUUGUAUUUAUGAACUCUUUAUUAUGAAUGAGCCAUUUUCUGGUAGCUGACUCAGAUAAGAUUUCUAGGCUAUUAGUGAAAGGCUUACAGUAAAUCACACAUGAUUAGGAGCUUUCUGAAUCUCACUACAAAAGUACUGUAUGGUAUUUUGUACAAAUGCUGUUAUAAAAGCACUUGCGACAAUUUCAUGCCAGAAUGAAAGGGAUUUCUCAGAUGUAAAUGCAUGGGCGUUUGAUUUAUCGUGAGGGCCAUAACAUAUGGGCAUAGACUGUGAAUGCCUUUAUAAAGGAAUAGAUAAAAGUAUAUAGUCUGAUGAUGCCAUUGUGUUUUUCUUAAAAAUCUUGUCUGCAGGUAAGUUGAGCAUACUUAUCAGGACCAGCGUAGCAAUAGAAGUGGUUUGGUGGAGUUAAUCAGCUUGGCAUUGCAAUCCGUCCUAUAGAUUAGUUGCAGGACUUUAUGACCCAGUUUUUUUGGAGUUGUUUGCUGUAGUCUCUGUUAUUUUUUUUAUCUUCAUUGUACCCUUGCUUUAGUAGUUACAUGAAUAUUAUCAAGAGCUCAGUUUUGUAAGGUAUAUUUAGUAGUCAAUUUGCUUUCAAACUAUUGAAUUUUUAUUUAGCUCAUAAAAAUGUUUACUUUACACUUUUUUACAAAUAAAGUUAACUCAUUAUCUCACAUUUAGCACUCUCAUACAUUGAAGUUUUUCAUGAAGAAUCUUAACUGGUUGUGAUGCUGUAAUGUUAAAUAGGUGAAGUAUAUAAUUUCUUGAGGACUUGUUUUCCUCUUUAAAUUUUAUGCUUUUUGUCCAUUGAUACUGGGUCUUGGGAUUCUGUCUCCAACCAUUUUUGUAUUGCUUAAAGUUGAUGCUAUUAUGAAUCCUUAAAGUUUGAAGAGCAUUUCACCAAUGUAAUGAGUUAAGAUGGCACAUUAUUUGCUCUGUCUGGCCCUGAAGGAUAUGCUUUACUAAUUACUGUAUACAUGUGACAAAAUCGGAAUUAUCAAGUUUGGAUUUGGUUUUUCACUUUGGCAUGUCAUUUUAAAUACUUAAGGUUUUACAUUGAUUAAAUGGUAUUCAAGGUAAUAUGCUAUGUUAAUACAUUUGUUAUUGAAGUAGUUUUCUGAAAAGAUUUAUCUUUGAUUUCACAAUGAGUAAUGUUCAUAAUUUUGGGUGUAUGCAAGCUCUUUCAGCUCUUAAAUAUAGACAUGAUUCUUAACUCCUUGGGCACAGGAAAUAUAGGCAUGAUUCUUAACUCCUUGGGCCAUUCCUGUGAAGACUGUAAAGUGUAGUCAUCAUCUUAAAUGAAUGGUAUCUGCAUUCACUUUGUGGAUACCACACACUCGUGAAAUUUAGUGUGACUUCACAUCCAUUCAAGUGGUUAUUUUACUUCAUAAAGAAGGUGUUUCUAACUAACCCAGUAAGAAAAAUUAAGGUGCAUGCAUAAAAUUGAAAAAAAUAAAGUUCUGGGGACUAACUCCUACCCCUAAGGCUCAAAAUACAGUACAGUACUAGGACUUAAGUGGGGAAAUCAGACCAUAUGUUCCAAAACAUCUGCACUGCAAAAGAUGCCGUCAUGAAAGUAAAUACUUGAGGCAUAGUACAUAAAGAGUUCCUAUUUUCUGGAGAGAAAUAUGUAUAUUGAAUACAUAAAAGCCAAAAAGAUUUGGUGCUAAGCAACUAUUCUGUGUACUGUAAUUUAAAUUGUUUGAAGCCAAAUAUAUGCUCAGCAUUUGACAACAUUGAAAAGCUGCAUAAUUCAAUGCAUGUUGAAGAUCCCUGAAUCUGCACUGGAAUCUCCAAGUCCCCCCCUCCAUUAAUGUAAAUUCAUAGAGAACAGAAGUGUUGAAUGGCCUCUCUCUCUUCAUAAACAGUUAUUAACCAUACAAGUGACUCACAAGCAAAGUUAUUUUGACGAAGAAACAUUUGUAGCUAAUCAGUCACCAUUGUUCUAAGUAAGAGCCAAGUUUUCAGGAUUACAAAUAAAAUGCAAUAAAGAUGUAAACAACAUUUAAUAUAUUAAAAGGAUUGUGGUGGAUUUGUAAUGCUGUACUGUAGUAGAUAAACAAUGUAUUUACAGAUAAUACUAGUGGAUUGCAGACUAUUUUCAUUCCUGCAAGAACAUCAUGGUAUAAGAAGUCCAUAGUAUCAUUUACUGAGAUAAUUGUCAUAUGCUAUGGGUUUUCCUCUAUUUUUUACCUGUUCCCUUUGCAGUUUUGUUGGAGAAAAUUGCUAAUGUAUCUCUCUCUCUCUCUCUCUCUCUCUCUCUCUCUCUCUCUCUCUCUCUCUCUCUCUCUCUCUCUCUCUCUCUCUCUCUCUCUCAUUUUAUUUAUUUUGAAGCCUUAUAUUUUUAAGGUAUUGAUACCACUGUGAAAGCAGUGCAGUUAAAACAUUUUAACCAGAUUAUAUUAUUUGUUUAGUAUAAAGAAAGUGAGUGAGGGUUUGUUUUGCUGAGUACUAUAUGCAUACACCCAAAACUUUGUACAUUAUUCACUGGGGAAUAUGCUAACCUUGUAUUUUACAUGCCUGUUGAAUAUUUACAACCUGAUAGUUUUUUCUCCUCACAGGAGAACUCAUGCGUGCUACAUUUUGUAGCUGUUAUGGUUUAGUUAAGAGGACAGUGAGAGGGUGACUAUAUUGGAAAAGAGUGUAGGGAUAUGCUUUUUUUAAAUUUUAUAUUCUCAACACAAUGUAUGUUGACUAGCAAUUGAUGUAUGUGUUAUUUUGGAGUAAUAACAGGAUUGAUGUUAUCCAGUCAGAAUAGUAGGUGUAGGGCUACUUGAUUUACAAAUCGACUAAUUUUGUGUUCAUUCAAUUUUUCUUGAAUGAUUCUUUGUAAUCCUGUGGUUAGUCAUUUGAAAAUAUAACAUUACUUCGUCAAGUUUUUCAGUGGUUAAUAAUGAGGAUUAUGUCCUUAUAUUUAUUAUUCAGUCAACAGGAUAAGGUUUGCUUAACAUCUGCAGUCGAUGGGUACUGAAAUAGCCCAAGCUAAGAAUGUGGUUUUAGGAGAAACUUUCCUAAAUCAUGUAGUAGCUGAGAGUAUUCCCUUUACAUUGUGAUUUAUGGAUUUUUUUUUCAAACUGUUUAUGUCUUAGAAUAACACUCAUGACCAAAAACAAGAUUACAGUUCUGGUUUUUAAAGGGGUGUUAUGAACAAGAUCAUUUGUACAGUCUUGUGAAGUGAAGUAUGUGUCAUUGUGCAGUACUCAUAUCAGCAUGUCAAAUGGCUUCCAAGGUCCAUCUCCUGUUAUGUGUGCAUUUUACUGGAGGGUUUUAUUGAAACUGCAUAUUAUAUAGUAGGCGAAAGAAAUUCUUUCGUGGAAAUUUUCUUUUACCAUUCAUCUGGCAAUGUGAUAGUCUUCUUGGCAUAUGCUGGUUACAGAAUUCAUUCUUUAUCCAUACUUACAUUUGAAACUUUUGAAUAUUUUUUCCCUUGUGUGCCAUAUUCCACUGCUUCCACUAAUGUUUCCCAUUUGUAUCUCCUAAGAUAUAAAUUAUCUUCAUUUGUGUAAAUUCCUUGUUGUAUUACUUAAUUAGAAUUAUUCUUAACUUGAAAGAGUAAAUCCAUGUAAGAAAAUUGAACUUCCAUAGGUAGUUGGGUCUUUGCUAUGUGGUCUUGCUGCCUGGAAAAAGCAGUAUAUAACAUUAGUAAUUUUGAAAGUGAAAGUGAUUUUAUUUUAGAAGCAAAUUGUGAAAUAUCCCCAGUUAUCUUAUUCCCAUUGGCCAUAAUAGUUUAAGUGAGAUGUUAUAAUUGGUUUGCUUACUUAGAGAGAGCUACACAACAGAGAUGUCUCUGAAUAGAACAAAAUUUUUAUUUUCUUUUAGGUAUUGUUUAACUCGUGUCGAAGUGGCCCCAACUUUAUUCUUAAAAUUUUUUGGAAAUGUAAGUGUUGAUUUGGUGUUUCAACAAUUAACAGGAGUGAGUAAUAUAUGAUCAAAAAAUCAUUUUAAGUCUUGCACUUAUACUUUAGCCAUCAGUAGUACAUAAGGAACAGCAGCCUGUUAAACAUAUACAUACCAGGUUAUAUUUCUUGAAAGUACGCCAGGUAUAUUUCUUUUAUAAGAACAAAUCAGUGAUGACAGAUGUUGGUAGAAGAUUCUGGUGAUUGCAAAUGGUAGAAGGAUGGUGUUCACAGCUUGGAGACUAUUCAGGCUGAGAAUUGCUAGGUUGGUGUGGUUAAACCUUUUUUGUUAGCAAUGGUAAUGGACGAAAUAUAGAUUGCUACUAUAGCUGGUGGCCAGGAAUAUUUGCUGGUUAUUGGAAGAUCAUAGGUAAUUUGUAAAAAGUUUUAUGAAAAUUGCUUAGGUGCAUCUUUGUGACCCACUUUAAGAGUUAAAUAAUAGAUUUUUAAAGGCAAAAUUUUUCUGUUACAGUAUUAGUAAAACUUUGCAUAUAGAUGUAUAAAAACUUAUGAUAAACAUCACUAAUGUUUUUAAAAGGUUAACACUAAAAGCACAAUACUUUUUAAGAGACUUGGUCUCGGAAUUUAAGCUGGUAUUAUCUUCCAUAGAUUUGCCUCAGAACUCCAAUGUUAAAAUCAAGUAAAUGCAUGAAUUUUGGUGUAAUGUUUUAUAAUAGAAUAUACUAUAUAGGAUGCAUGAGGGGAUGUAAUUUCACUGUCCUUGAACAAGGGAAAUAAGUACUAAUUGAAGUUGGCUUUGGUUUUGAAUAGAAACAUUCCUUUUCUGUAGUAAGGUUUCUCUGUACUAUCAGUGUGGUUAGGCAUUAUGUUUUCAAUAAUUUGUUAGCAAAGGAUGCUUCGAUAAUUUAUGAAUGUAGUACAAUAUAUGUACAGUAUAUGUAUAUUUUAUUUUGUGAAAGUUGGGAAGGAGUUGGAUAGACUAACUGUUCAGAUAAAAUGACUGAUAUUUAUUAAAACACAAAAUAACGGAUAUUUAUUAAAGCACUUCCGAUUUGGUCCUCCUGUUAUUAUGAAUACGUAACAUACUGAACUCUGCUGAAUGUGGUUAGCUUCCAUUAUUGGGCAGUUCAAUGUAUUGCAGUAAUUUCUGUAGAGAUAAGCAAGGCCUUUACUCUUUAUUUUGCAAACCAUUGCUCUUAUACCUCUUAUGAUAUCAGAGUAACUUUUGUCUCCUUUAUUCUCAUUUUGAUUCCAAAUAGUUUGAAAAUAAGAAGUGGUGGCAUGUUUUCAGUUAAGUGAGGAUACAAUUCUUAAAAAGGAUUUGUUGGUUAACUUUAGUUCUUGAAAGUGUGCAUUUCUUUGUAGGAAUUGCAGUGCAGUGAGUUAGUACUUUGUAUAAUCAAACACAAAAUGUCAGGGAGUCAUGGUUAUUCAUAAUAUUGAGUAAAAAUAUGUCAUUGAGGUAUACAAAUUAUAUUAAAAUAGAGAAAAUUAUUAUACAAAAUGAAGUUCUAAGUUCAAAUCAGUCUUGACAUCAUAAAGUAUCUUAAGUGUUGACAUUUGGUCUCUUCCUUAAUCUGUAAUAAACAUGUAGUAUAUCUCUGUGUAAUGCAUAUUAUGCUCUUUUUCAUAUUUUGCCAAUAAUGUUAAGAUUUUCUUUCAUAUUAAUUAAUAUAUUAUGAAAUGUAACACUUCAAGAUAUUGCAUCAUUUUUUUUCACAGUAAUAGUUUUUUGUUAAGUUCACAAAAUUUUUUUUACUCCAGUAUUACAGUUUUAUUACCCAGAAGAACCAUUUUCUUUAAUGAGAAAAUAACAGUUGAGUUUGUUUUAUCGUUGCAAUUUUAUAGACUAUAGAUAUAUUAUAUGUUAAUUUUCUUAAGCAUUACAUAUUGGUCAUAUUACUUUACUGGAUGUCAAAAAAUUAUGGUAUCAUGGUAUGCUAGUCUCUUUGAUAACUUUGAAAUGCCAACCUAUCUUGCUUAACAAGAAUGUAAUGUCCGUGUACAAAUAAAGUAACUGCAGAAUGUGAACUAUUAUGAUGAUCAUAGGUAGCGUGAGAGGGCUUCCUUCAUCACAUUUAGGUGACAGGCCCUCCUGAUCUUGAGUACACAUCUUCAUUACUCUGACAAAUGUUCAGUUGUUAAUCCAUUUUCUUUAUUUUGCUUUUAAGCAGCUGUUAGCAGUCAUUGUUAAAUGACUGUGACAUUGGUAUUGAUAUUUUGUUGUCUUAUAUAUUUUGAAGUUCACGUCGUCGGUACCAUGUUGCGUUACAAUAUUCAGCAGAAGUGAAUUGUUUUUAAGAAUGCCAAUGUACCCAAUUAUAAUUUAGAUUCCCGUCAAAGAAAACAGAGAGCAAGAGCAUUAUGUAUCAUGGCUACAAGGUUUUAGGGUUUGACCAGGUGACAGUUUCUUUUCUUUACUGGACUAAUUAUUCCUGUGAGCUGUAAUUAAGUACGUACUAUUGUGCCUGCUGGCCUGUCACAAAAUUGAACAGGACUCGGUAGACUACUUAGCUUUGGAUUUGAUUGUAAAGUGGCAGCCUGGUCAUAAUUAUAAGUUUUUCAUUGUAAGGCUGGUAACUGAAAUGAAUUAUAAUACUAAUCAUUAAAUAAUUAUAAUUAAUUUCAAGGUUAAGGGCAAUGGGCAAAAUUGAUCUUUAAUGUUUGUUGCCUCAUUUCCACCAGAACUUGAUGGCAUGCUGCCAGAGUAAAACAAAGGCCGACUCUUGGCCAUGCCAUUGUAUGAAUAAUUUUUCUUCUCCAUGAAAAGCUUUAUCUGGGAGAAUACAGCAUUCCUAAAUGUUAAUGACUUUGACUUGCUGUAUUUAUCUUGCUCCUUUGUUAGUUAAGGAUGCACUUAGUUUGGUGACCACCUUUCAAUUGUGCAUAAACUGCUUAUGAAGGACAGUUGGAUAGACAACAAACCCUGGAUUAUUUGUGAGAUCACAAGGUACAAAUCUUGAUUUAAAUGGCACCUUACCCUUGCUUAUACAUUGUACCCCUUUGGGAUGGAUGCUUGGGGCUUUAAGUGUCUUUGGGUAAUUGGAUAUAGUAAAAGGUAGUUUACCCAGACCACUGAGCAACAGCUUUCAUGUUCUAUAAAGAUACCAGAUCGAAACAAAAGUUUAAAAUAUUGACUACACUUGAAAAGGAUAGACCAUGAUUUUUAUCAACUAAAUAAUUUUACUCCCAAUAUUUUACACUACCUGGAAAGCUCCUGUAAUGUACAAUAUGUAAAGAUGCCGUAGAGUUAAUUAGAAAACUCUCCUACUGCAUAAUCAUGAUAAGAGAAUCUUUACCAUUUCUCUACUUAAUAAUACAACUUUUCUGAGUAGAACACUUGAGUUAGCAACCACUAAGCUUUUUGAAAACAUGCCACCACAAAUUUUUAUUUAUAUUCAUCAGCUUCAUUGUCUGUAGAGGCUCCCAGCAUUAUUAUCCUCAAAAAUCUUUUAUGUUAUGGAUUAAGUAUUCAUUCCAUAAAUUAUAUGAACCCAGUACAUAUUAGUAAUGUGUACAUUUUUUGAGUGGUUGUUCAGUAUCAUUAAAUCCCUUUGUCUAAAAUAAAUGAUACUAUAUGGAGUUAAAAAUUAGAUAGUAUUAAAUUGGACUGACACUCUUCAUUCAAAAAGCGUAUUACUUAACAAUUCCAAUUUAGGAUUUGUGUUUUUCAGAAAGAUGAUGUUAUCAUUGAUUUUGUAGAACUAAGAAAAAGGCUUUGAUUAUUUUAGAAGAGGUUUCAAGCCUUUUAAUUUUCCAGGGUUCUUUUCAAUUUGCAACUCCAGGAGAAACAAUGAAGACGUACAUGUUUACUUGCCCCCUUUCCUAAUUCACCAUAUUGUUCAAACUUCCGUGAAUGAUGUCAUCAAUUUGUGUCUCUCGCAGGAUCUAAAGCUGAUAAUCUGGCCUUGCUUCUCUUUACAUACACCAACUUCAUUAGGUUGUACAGUUUCCAAGAACUAUUUUUUCUAUCGUCAUAUUCUAACAUUUCAGGUUGACUUGUGUGUCAUGGGUUCUCGAUGUCAACAGGUGGAGUGGGGAGUGGUUAUAACUAGUUUCCUGAGUGUUAAGAUUUGUCCGACUCCAAUAUCCCAACUUUCAGCCAUACCCAUUACUGAGUACUUCAAGAUCUCUUAGUAAUUUCAUUCCCAACCCAGCACAGAAGACAUAUAUCCUCUUAUCCCAUCUUGAUAUUCCCAUCAUGAAUAGAUGCAAUAGUUGAUGUACGUACUUUUCAAAAUUUCUCAAAAUGUAUUAUUUUUUAAACACCUUCAUUUAAAUAGGAAACCUAUCUCCAAACACUGCAAACUGUACUUCACCUGCUGGAGCAGAAGGACGUUUUACCACUUGUGUUAAGCUGGGACAUCUUAUUUUGCAUUCAGUCACUGUCUUGGUACUCAUUUAGCAGUUGCUUUGGAUGUGUAACUUUUUCUAUAUCUGCAGAUUAAAAUGCAAUGUAUGUAAUUGAAUGAUUAUUUUUUUCUGUUGUAAUUAUCAUUUCUUUACAGAGAUGGAAGUAGAGUAGUCAAGUCAAACAACACGAGCUUUAAUUUGGCCUGAAAUAGAUAUAAUAAAGAGGUUUCAUGUAAAGAGAUAUCGUACAGAAUUAAGAUCUUGCAUUUCUCAGAUAUGAUAUUAGAAUUCAUGUUCAGAAAUUUUUCUCUCUCUGUAUUAUAAAACUUGUGAAGUUUAAAUGUGGCUCCAGUAGUAUCAAAGCUCACACACUUGCCUUUAAGACCCCUCCUAUCAAAGUAGGCAGUUCCAGGUUUACAUUUUUUUUAACAGAAAUGUGAAGAGAUAUACAAACAGACAGAUGUGCCAUGCUUUGCAGUCUUUUUCAAACUAAAUUUGCCUUUUUUCUUCUGGUAAAUGGUGUUUAGAAUUUUAUGUUCUUUUCACCUUUGUCAUCAUGCCAUAUCUCCCAUGAAUUCUUGUUUGUUCUGUCUGGGCAGUCUUCUUAACAUUAGUAUUCUUUUAUUCAUUUGUGAUUUAUGUUAUGUACUGAAGGAUUAUUUCUACCGAGAGUAUUUACAACUUUAUUGUUAACAUUUUAUCAUGACUUCCAAAGUGCUAUUCUUUUAAGGUUUAAAGUAGAUUUUCCCUUUAAACCUUUUAGGUUGAUUUGUGCAUUAACUGAGGCUUCUUUGGCUAUCAUAAUGGACUUUUCAAAAUGGUUGUUAUCAAGAAGAUAGCAACAUCAUUUAUUUGAAUACCACCAUUUCAAUUAUAAAAUUGUUCAGAAUAAAGGAAGAAACACAGUUUAUGGGCAUUUAGAGGUUAUUGAUUGUGAUUUUUGAGUUGAGGUGGUGAGAACUUACUGGCUUGUUCCUUCUCUUUUGAAUGUAAAAGGGAAAUCUUGUGUAAAUAUGUAGUGUUUGAUAUGCUGUCAACCAUAUAAGUCUUUCAGUUGCUUUUUAUGUUUGUAUGUUCCUGUAAUGUGAUGUCAUAGAAAAUGUGAUGAACAGGAAUAGCAUUUAAGCUCAUAACCUGUCCUUACAUUUGAAUUAAGAUGAUCGCACUCAUUUUAAUGAAAACAUACUCUCUCAGACUCGUGUUUUGUCAAGCACAAAUGGAACAAUAUUUACGGUCUUAGUAUUUUUUUUUUUUUUUUUUAAAUACUUGACAUGCACAAGAGUGGGCGGUGGUUAUUCACUUCAACAAGGGCUUUACAGUGCUCAAAGCUUUUGAGUGCUGGGGGAUUUUGAAUCUCUCCUUUUUUCUUUUUCUUUUUUAUUUACAUGUUCUUAAUAGAGAUUUUUCAAAAGCUCAACUUUAGAUGUAUCAUAUGUCACCUACAACAUGAAGAUGGUGUUUGAAUAGGGUUGAAUGAGGAAUGUGCUUGAGAGGAAUUGUUUGUUUGCUCCUGUUUGGUAAAAAUGGCCAAUUUGUCAUCAGAAGUUCACUUUCAUUGUACUUGCUGAGAGAUGGAACUUCAUGAUAAACCAAAGGCUAUUUGAAUAAGUAAAAUGAUUUUAAAUUGGUAUAUAAAUGUAAAUCAUUGUAAAGAAGAGUUGAGUAAUUUGGUUAACCUUAAAAUAUUUUGAGGCUAAAGAAAUAUGGUUGAAGUAAGAUUUGAUGGAACAAGAGUUAAAAAGGACUCCCAAAUUUAAUUGAAUUGGUUCAUUUUGUACAUAAAGUAGCAAAAUUAUAUGUAUAGGGUUUAUUUACAAUGUUAGAUAUUGAUAUAUUAUUUUUUGUUUCUUUUUUACUUUUUUCUUCAAGACAAUUGUUGAAUGUACAUGACACUUACAUAAUGUAGCAUGCUUUAUUGGAAGUGAUAACUUCAUUUUGUAUGUAAAAAGUCAUUCUGAUUAGAAAUAUUUGUAAACACUUUAAGUUUGGUUCAAAAAGUGUCCACCAUCUUGAAUUGUCUGUCUAAGUGUCUAUUCCAAAAGGUGUCAUUGAAUUUGAAAGUACCAUUUUCACAGAAGUAUAUAUUGUUGCAUCUCUGCAACCUUUUCACACCAACAAGGGAUUGCUGUUGACAUUAUCUCAGUAUGUAGUAUGUUUUAAAGCAGCACCUUUCAUGUAUAUAGUGGUGAGCUGCAUUCAACAAUAGUCUCCAGAAUUAAUCCACACUUAAUAGGAUUUUCCACAAGUAUGGAACGAAGAAAGUUUUGAAAAAGAAACAGAAAGGAAUGACAUAUAUUUAGUUGGUGUUUAUUAUUUUGAAUUUUAUAUUGAGAUAAAAAUUAUAUUUAUUUUCCUUUAGCAAGCAUUUACUUUUCUUGAGGUGCUAAAGAGUUGAGUUUUUAAGUGAACACUUGUCAUACUUCCUAAAUUUUCAUUUUUAUCAUUUCCGUAUUUUUUUUUUUUUAACGUUGAACCAUCUGCACAAUACUGUAGGCAAAGUUCAUUUUUCAGUGGACUUGUUAUUAGAUGGCAUUGCCUUCUGAAUUGAUAAUGGUGAACUUAAUUUUGUGAAAUGUAUUGCCCAAUUGUGUUAUACUUCCCAUCCUGUGCAGCUGGAAUGGUAAUAGCAGCUCAGUCUUAGUCAGCUGAAAGAGAAAAUGAAUCUGAAAAUAAAAAGUGUUUACCUAAUUUUAGUUCCAUCAAGGAGCAUGAUUCUUUGUUCCCUGUGACAUAGUUUUUAACUGAUUUGUCAAAGGUGAUUUUCUCUUGGAUGCUUUUAUUUUCUUGUGAAGUUUUUUAAAAAGCUCAUAUCACAAUAAGAUAAAGAACAUUUUCUUAAUCUCGCAACAAAAUGCAGUACUGUAUCUGGAUAUACAGCAUACCAUUUGCCUUAAACCAUGUUACAAAAAUAUGGUUGGUAGCAGAUCCCUUCAGCUGAUGAAGCCUGAAAUGAAUAUUUGUGAAAGCCAUCUUCUGAGCUAUGAUACUUUCUCUAUUAUAGUUUAUUUUUAUAAUUAUGAUGCUGUGCUUCAUUUAUUAUUAUUGUAGAAAAGCUGUUUCAGUCUGAAACUGAAAAUAACUGUGAUCACAACUUACUGAAAUUCACUAGACGUUGUUUAAGGAGUUCUUGUGAUGAUGUGUGACGACAUAUUGCAGCGUCUUGUGAAAGAUGCGGUGGCAAUUUUUAAUGGGACACCAUUGACUUUUGGGAAAGUAUUUUUGCGUUGGAAAUUCCACUUUGAAACGGCUGUGGAGAGGAAAGUGUUGUCACUCUCCAAUCUCAAAAGUAAGGCUUUGUGAAUUAUAUACAUGAUUGGUAGCUUUAUAUGAAUUCUAUUUGGGGUAUUAGGGAAAGCUAGAAAAAAUCAUGGCAUAUGCUUUGUACUAUACCCUUGGCUGUAAAACAAAACUAAAUAAAAAUGUUCUAGUA